AUGUUCUCCAAGAGCAUCAUCUCCUCCGUCGUGCUCUGCCUCGGCCUCGCUCUCCAGGCCAGCGCACACGCAAUCAUCACCCCCGCCCUCGGCGUUAGCGGAACCGCUGUGCGCGCAGACGUUCAGCGCCCUUCCGCGGCCACCGAGUGCGGAGCGAUCAACAUCCCCCAAAACAUCGACAGCUCGACGCCGGCCGUCGCGAACGACGCUGGCAUCUUCAAUGUCACGAUCACCGACUUCAACGGCGGUGUCGACGGCUCGCGCCAGAUCGCGACCGUGCUUGUUGACCCCACGGGAACCGGAAACUUCGCUAAGGCCCAGCCCGCGACCAUGCUUUUGAACGGAGACUUGGCCCCGACGGUCGUCGGCUCUCAGCCGCUCACGGUUCAGCUCCCCGCAGGCGUCGAGUGCGCCGGUGGCGCUUCCGCCAACAAGUGCCUCGUCUCGUUCACCACUGCCGGCAACUUCGGCAACUGCGUGGUCGUUGAGCAGUCCGCCUAA